AGACCGCGGCGGCGGCGGCAGAGACCGCGGCAGCAGAGACCGCGGCAAGAGAGAUCGCCUAGGCGGCGACGACGGCGGCGGAGGAGGAGGCACAGACGCUCGAGGCGUAGUAGCAUCCCGGGCGGUUCCGAAGGAGGCGGGGGCGGAGGCAGCCUGUCCCAGAGCCCGCGCCAGCCGCAUCCCAGUCUAUCCGGGCAGCGGCGUCCUCUCGCCCCAGAGGCUGCAGCAUCAGCAUCCGACACCGAGGCGGCCGGACCGAGACUCCGGCACCCCCAGCAGCCGCAUCCGCAGCGGCGGCCUCACCAUCAGCGACUCCAGCCUCCGCCCCAGGUCCAGCCUCGCGUGCGCUAGUCCGGGAACGGCAGAAGGCAAGAUGAAGCUGAAGCCCGAUCAGACCCGAACCUAUGACCUGGAAGGCUUCAAGCAGCGCGCGGCUUGUCUGUGCUUCCGUGGCGAGCAAGAGGAUGAGGUGUUGCUGGUGAGCAGCAGCGGGCACCCAGACCAGUGGAUCGUGCCCGGAGGGGGCAUGGAGCCCGAGGAGGAGCCGGGCGCCGCGGCAGUGCGCGAGGUCUACGAGGAGGCCGGGGUCCGAGGCAAGCUGGGCCGCCUGCUGGGCCUGUUCGAGAACCUGGAGCGCAAGCACCGCACCCACGUCUACGUGCUCGCCGUUACCGAAAUCCUGGAGGACUGGGAAGAUUCGGUGAACAUCGGCCGCAAGCGCCAGUGGUUCAAGGUGGAGGAUGCCAUCAAGGUGCUGCAGGGCCACAAACCCGUGCAGGCCGAGUACCUGGAGAAGUGGAAGUCGGCCAGCUCCCCGAGCGGCAGCAGCCCCGCCGGAGGCGGCACGCCGGCGGCCGCCGGUUCCGAGGGCUCCGAGGGCCCCGACGGCGACAGCGCCGGGCAACCUGCGGCAGAGCCCGCCUCGGGUUCCGGCAGAUAAAAAGUGUUCCAGGUCAUCCUGAAAAGAAGAGGGGGAGAGCACGGGGAAGGGGGGGUGGGGGAGGGGGGGGGUAAAAGCUGCGGCCCGCUAACGGCGGCGGUGGGGGAGGGUGGGGGGAGUGGGGAGGGGGGGGGUCUGGUCUGCGUUCACCUGCUAGCGUCUGGAAACUCGAUGGCAACCCUUCUGCGUUGUGUAUUCCCUUUGCCCGCUUUGCGGAUGCUUUGAAAUAUCGCCCUUGGUCUGUACCAGUGUAAAAUACUUCAUUCAGUAAAACCAAAGCCGUAAGGGAUUUUUCAAAAGAUGCCUUAACUGCGUGCCUACCCUGCCCCUCCCACCCUUGGCCCCCCCGAGUCCCCCUCCUCUUCCUCCCUUCUCUUCCUUCUCCCCUUCCCCCACCUCCUCAAUCACUCUUUUUCCUUCAAAUCAGCCUUCACCUUCUUCUAUUCCAUAUUCUGAUGGUCUAUCUUGGUCGGUUUCCCCCAUACCAGUUUGGUUUCAAUGUGGUUUUUUGGUGGGUAUUGGGUGUUUUGGAAGGAAGUCAAUGGGAGGAAUGACUUGAAUAUUUGAUACUUUCCUAAAUACUUCAUUAUAAUCCGGCCCACCUAAAGCAAGCUUUCUGAAAUGCAGAUUUCCAUUUCUCAAUCUACAUAUUUCAAAACGGAAAAAAAAAAUACAAAAGGCAGUACAGCUCGAGUGUUUCAAACAAGUCAUACCCCUCCCCACAACUUCCUACAUUGAGAAAAUCACCAUCAUUUCUCUGUCAUAUAUUGCUAAUGGUAAAUGCACAGAUGUGGCGUUUCUUUUUCCCCUUUUCAUAAGAUUUGCAGUUCUACCCAUUUAUAAAUUCUUGGUGAUCCCCCCCCAAAAAAAAAGUGUUUGGCCACUGUUUAUGUCGUACCCAGAUACCCUCUUGAUCUGAUUGCUUUGACAGAAUGUUGUUGUAUAGAUGAUUUGAGAUUCUUGUUGUGAAAAUGAUAUUGUCGUUUGGCAGGUUAUCUGGAUCCCUUGUUUUGGUUCCCCUGAUUUUCUAGCCUGCCUACAAGUAGCCAACAGAGAUUGAAUUUUGUAUGUCCAGGUGUAAUAUAUGAUGACUGCACUGUAUGUGGGUGUGGGUGGGAAAGGGGAGGGGGGCUGGAUAUUGUUCUGCAAGCAUUGAAACGUUAUGCACCUCUCCAAUUGCUGAUCAACCCCACAGUAUAGCCCUAUUGAGGAUCUCUGAUACAUGGGCUAUGGUGUCCAGUGAAGAUUGCGAUGGGACAUUUGAUCCUACCCCAGAACUCUGAGACUAUAAAUUGGCAUUUGACAUUAAGUUCUUCAUAUAAUUGACUUUCCUUGGAAACCAUUUAAAAUGUCUAAAGACUCCCGGCUUCAAUUCAAGACCUCUUCUGGAACUUUAUUCCUCCUUUUCCUGAUCAGAAUCAAAGUUGGACUUUUCACAUUUCAAAGAAGAAAAAGAAGUUGAAGAUCAUUCUGUAUACAACAUUCAAACAAUUUGCAAAUGUCCUGGAGUGUAAAAUGGAAAUUCAAUGUAAUUCAAACCAUUUUUGUUAUUCAAUAUACAAAUCAUUACCCAACUUUGAAAACACCGUUGUGUAAAAUGCUGAUAGAAAUUAAAAGUUGUGCUGUUCCAA